GGAGACCGCUAGCACCCUAGGUUGAGGCUGACUUUUUCGCCUUUUUCGCCUUUUAGAAGCUUACCUAGGUACCCAAGUACCUAACCUACUUUAUAAGUACAACGCCUCAACGCCUCCCCGGCAAUGUUCGUCAUUCAUUCCACCAUGAAAUUGCGACCUCUAAUCCGAAAAUAACUACCAUAACCAAAUUUAAACACCGCUAGGUUUCGUCUUCUCGAAAGCCAUCCGGUUGCCGUAUCUUUGGCCUUUCAGGAUUUUCCCAAUAAACCUCAUCUCGUACAGAAUGGACGAACCUACAGAGCUUGUCAAUCCAUUACCUCUGCAGUCGAUCAACGUCCUUAUCUCGCUCCCGUCUCUGAAUUCACAAUUAAUUAAUAAAUCACCAGAGUCUAUACCCUGCCUCUUUAUGCGAUAGUCUUGUCCCCUUCUAACAAUGGCUCUUGACAUCACACAUGACCAAGACCUUCGUGUGUCGAGAAGGCCUCCUAUCAUGAAAACAACUCCUCAACGACCUGGGCCUAAUGGCCCGCGAGUCAUCAAGAAACGGUCGUCACCUCAGCUUGGUGAUGGCCUUUGUGAUGUCCUCGCAGUUACAGAUGAUUCUCUUGCUUGGACGGAAGAUACCUCCAUCUCUUCUAUCGAUCAUGAGACUAGUAGCUCUGUAUUCACGCCAUCAGAGAAGACUUCUAUUAUUAUGUCAUCGACGCCUGAUUCGAGCACUGGAUCCUUCGACUUCGAUCUCCGAUUGGAUUCUAAUGAACACAUUGAAACACCCAAGUAUCCAGCCUCUAGCAUUGCGCAUUGCGAGUCGUCUCGAGCCACUUCAUACACGCCUAGCGGAGUGGAACCAGCAUUGCACACGCCAUCUCCAGUGUCUCUAGGUGUAAGCACCAGCGCGCUUACCAGUCCAUCUCCAAAAUUACUACAGCUUUCACAAAUACUCGACCCUCUGGGAUAUCUACCUUAUGCCACACCUCCUAGGAUACCCAAAGAGCAAACUGCCAAGAACCCCCUCGUAACCGAGACAACUGUACAUAAGGUCGACUCGUGGUUUCCUGAUGGGAAACUACCGCUUUUAGAAGCCAAAGACUUAGUUGGGUCAUCUCAGUAUUUGGAUUUAUUGGACGCUCUUAAUGUACAACAGAAGCUCCACGAAGGAGACCAAGUCAAUGUCAACCAGUUGCCUCACAUACCCCAAUACUCAAAACUACCUCUGUCGAAUCCUUUAUAUCGCAAUGUUCAGUCAAUAUCUACAUCGCCGAUCGAAAUUAUGCGUGAACAAUUCUAUGCGAAGUUGAGGAGUCAUACUGAUAUGAACCAUACUAAUUCAUCCUUAGCUGAGGCUGACGUGCACAUUUUUGUGGACAUGUCUAAUAUCUUCAUUGGAUUCUGUGAGAGCUAUAAAAUCUCUAGGCAAAUCCCGCUUACUCGCAGGAUAAGCAUGCCUCCAUUUUCGUUCAAAACAUUGGCACUUGUGAUGGAACGAGCAAGGAAUGUGCAGAAGAGAGUGCUCGCCGGGUCAAUAUACGGCGUAGCAAACAACAAUCCUCAAACGUCUUGGCCACCUUACUUUCUAGAGGCAGAACAGCUGAACUAUAAGAUGAAUGUUUUUAGUCGUGUUCGAAAGCGCAAGGUCUCACCAAGCAAGUCAAAGGGAAGGGGCCGAACACCGACCGAACGCCCUGAUGAAGCAGGCGACAUUUCAGAAGAUGUCACGUACGAAGUGAGAAACGGAGAGCAGGGCGUAGACGAGAACCUCCAUCUGAAUAUGAUGGACAGUAUGUGGGACAACAUGUCACGCCCUGGCACGAUGGUGUUGGCCACCGGGGAUGCAGCGGAAGCUGAGUUUUCUGGAGGAUUCUUGCAAUACGCCAUUCGCGCUCUCGAAAAGGGAUGGAAGCUUGAGCUGGUAACAUGGAAGCGACCUCUCUCAUCCGCUUGGACCGACCCAAAAUUUCUAAAGAGGUAUAGGAGCCAGUUCAGCAUCAUCUUCCUAGACGAUUUCUUGGAAGAGUUACAGACCGGCCUUCUUGCGUAGGAUAUUAUCACAUUUACAUAUGGCUAGGAAACUACUCCUAGUAUGUUCUUAGAGAGAUUUUCGGCUCUCUAUUGCAUUCGGCUACUAUAUUUCGUUGCCUACCUG